AGACCCUUUUGUACCUUUCUUGCAUUUUGUUCAUGCCAUCAUGUUGCAUUCAUGCAUAUCACCACUUUGGUUUUGCUAAAUUGCAUUUGUGUUUUGGUUUGGUUCUUUUCUUUUUGCCUUGUUCUUCUUCCUCCCUCUUUCUUGGUUCAUCCCCUUCCUCUUGUGAUGUUCCAAGAAAAGCUAACAUGCCAACCUUCCACCACUUGACCUAUAUCUCAAAUAGCUCAUGCCAAAAUUCUUAUAUGGUUACAAUAAACCUACCUAUCCUCUCUAUUUUUGCAAUGCACAUGUUUUAUGAUCUUGAGUUGGUUUACCUUCUCAAAUGGUUGAGCCAUUAAGGUUUUCCAAAUAUUUUACUCUCUCUUUAAAUCUCUAUAUCUCCAUCUUAUUCUUUUCUUCUUUUAAUCUCAACCACCAUAGUUGGUAUACAAGGUUGAGCUUCUCUGAUUUUUAAAUUCCUUUCAAAUAUUCAAACUUUCUCUUCUCCAAUUUCAGAAAAGGUUUUGAGAAGAGAAGGAUCUUAAAGACAUAAAGCAGGAAAAAGGAAAAAACCAAACUAACCUAACGCUACAGCCUAUCUAACUAAACUGAGCUAGCUAAAUCCAACCAGCAGCCCACCCAGUUAACCAACACAGCAGCCCAACUAAUCAAGCUAUAACGCAUCCAGCCCAGCUCCAACGUGUGGAGCGCUGCUCCUGUUCGUCUCCCUCCUGUACGAUCACCUCCAGCACCACAUGAUCGUUCCCCCUUCUUGGAUGCUUGCCACCUCGCAUCCUUUUCCUCCUUACAACGCCAGCAGCAACUCCAGGAAAACCUAGGUCUUUUCCUCCCCAUCGCGCCGCCCCCUCUCUCUCUUUUGUUCACUUCCCUGUGAGGCCGAGAGAGCGCGCCAUGACCUCCCAGCUCGUCGUCACCAUGGCUAGCCUCGGGCCAACCUGAGUGGGGGAAUCAAACCGCCGCGCCGCCGUCUUCGUCCUGGACUACUUCACGGAACCGGAAACGCCAGGGUCUGCUCGAAAUCAUCCUCGCCACCGCGCCUUCUUCCCGGAGUCCAUCGCCGUUGCCUCGUCUCCGUUCGUCCUCGAGACGUUUCGUUUCUCCCGGCAGCCUCCCGACGCCGACGCAGAGCAGUACGAGCAGGAGUACGAGUUCCCCCUGGAGGAUCGUGUCGGUGCUUCUACCUCUGAUCUGACAGGAUGGUUAGACCUCCGCCACCUCCUCCGCUGGGACCAGCCCUGUUGCAAAUGACUCAAUUGUUGAGCCAGAUGCAGCAAACCCAGCACAACUUCGAUCAAGCUCGUCAUGACAAUGGUCGAGUGAUGAUCCGGGACUUCUUGCAGUUGAACCCGCGAUCGUUCGACUCUACUCCUGAACCGCUGGAUGCAGAUGAUUGGGUGCGCGAUGUCAACCGCAUGCUCAACACAGCGGGAGUCGCUCCAGAAGACAAAGUGCGGUUUGCGACUCACCUACUGAAAGGAGGGUCCGCAGCAUGGUGGGAGAACUUCCUCGAGAUGCGUCCUGCCAAUGCUCCUGAUGUCACUUGGGAAGAAUUCAGGGAAGCUUUCAGAAGCCACCACAUUCCUGAAGGGCUAAUGGACAGGAUGAAGGAGAAAUUCCUCAGUCUUGUUCAGGGCAACAAAGACGUGAUGGCAUACAGCAUCGAGUUCUCAAGGCUAGCUCGCUAUGGUGGUGAAGAAGUGUCUACUGAUGCCAAGAAGCAGAAGAGGUUCCGUAAUGGCCUCAAGCCGGCACUCAAGUACGCGCUCACUCAUGUCUCGAUGGACACCUUUGACAAGCUGGUCAACACUGCUAUCAAGGAAGAGUCGGGUAGGCUUGCGUUCGAUGAGUCACGCAAGCAUACUCGAGAGGUUGGUGCUCCUUCUUCAGCGCCGCCACAGAAGCGCAGGUUGUGGGUUCCUUAUCCCGCACCGCCAGGACAAGCUACACAAGCUGGGUAUGCUCCCCGCGCAGCACACGCUGGGUAUGCUCCCCGCCCUCCCACCCCACGGCUUCGACGAGAGGACCUACCAAGCUCCGCCAAUGCCUGCAUAUGGUGGACCAAGGCCGAUGGGUCCACGUGCCGACCCCACAUGCUACAAGUGUGGUCAGGUUGGGCACAUCUCUACCUUCUGCCCUCAGAAGCUACCUCCACCACCACCUCGCUCUACUUCGACAAAUGCGAUGGUUCGUGCACCAGCUCAGGGCCGUGCCUUCAACAACAACACCAGGCAAGGUCCGAGGGCUGCUCGCGUCAACAACAUCAACGUCGAGCAAGCUGA